GAGCCCUUUCCCAGCGGACCCCUCUCGGAGUGGAGCAGUGGGGUCGGUCGUGCUCAGCACCGGGCUCCGCGCUGCCCCUUUUCACCGCUCUCCUCCCGGGUUGCGGCUCCGGACACUCCGAGGCGAACCGAGCAAAUGCCAUCUCAGAAACACGCCCGAAAAUAGCGAAGGAGGAAACAAAACAACGCCAAAUCGACUCUGAUAAAAUAGGAGCAAAGUUACCGGAGUUAAAGAGUGUGUCGUUAUGCUAUAGAAACCUUUAGGAGUGAGGAGCAAAAUGCACUGCUAAUUCCCUUUGCUCUUAUAUUCCUGUAGCUUAUUGCAUAGAAUGAAUCCAAAACACGAUUUGCAUUGCUGCAAAACCUCUCUAAAUAGAGUUUAUCCUUCUGGAUUUACUCUGGUUUCUUCAUAUGCAGCUGCUCACUUUGCUAAAACCAAAGCCUGGACACAACAGCUAAACCAUGAUAUCACCUCCAGCAGAAAACAUGCUAACAUUUGUCCUUCGGGUGAGGAAAACCCUUUGAGAUGAAGUUUGAGAGUGAUUCAGCUCUUGCUGAUCUUUCUCAUCAAGAGACCAAGCAGUAGCAAUAGUUCCUCAUUGUCAUCUGUCAACAACGUUGGGAUAUGAAGCACGUCACCAACUCUGGUGACCUUCAGCCUUUGGCUGAAUCUUUGGCUGAAUGCUGCCUGCUGCAGCUCCCCUGCCCUGGGGCUCAGCUUAUGUCCCCCCCGCUCCAUCUUUAGGAUGAUCAGCUUUAGGGUCACCACCUUCAGUGCCACCACCUUUGCACUGAGACCACAGCCAGGUUUUGCUGUCUGCUCUCAGUGCAAGCUGUGAUUUUCUCCACCCCUGGUGGAGGGCACCUCCUUUCUGGGGCAACCUGGGGCUGGUGAGGGUCUAGAGCAAGAACACAGCGCAUCAGAGCACGGGGAAGUCAGCUCACCCUGGUGCAGGUGUGUCCAAUGCUAGGACAUGUCAGCCCGGAAUUUCCAUCCAUCGAUGCGUUUAAUUUCUUUUCCCCAGGGUGAAGUGACGCUCGGCUCUUCCAGCCCAGUGGCUGCAGCUUUGCUCCCAGCCUGGGGCAGACACACUCACAGCGAUGAGGGGCAUGGCCUGGCACUGCCUGGCAGGCUGAGGAUCCAGCCCUCAUUGUGGAGUAAGGACGAUGUCAUCCACUGGCUCAGGUGGGCAGAGGGGGAGUAUUCCCUUCAGCAAACAGAUGAAAGCAAGUUUGAAAUGAAUGGCAAAGCACUGUGCAUCCUCACCAAGGACGACUUCAGGUUCCGCGCUCCUGGCUCAGGCGAUGUGUUGUAUGAAUUACUCCAGUACAUUAAGACUCAAAGAAGAGCUCUGAUGUACAGCCCUUUGCUGAAUUCACCCUUCCGAGAGGCCAAGGGCACAGGGGAAGGGCUCUGGAAGAUGUCCUGGGAUCCACCUCAGUGCAGCACAAGGUUUUCCCUUUCAGGGAUGGAUGGUGGUGCAGAGGCUGUCCCGGAUGCUCCCCCACCCUGCCUGGAGCACACUGAGCUGCCCCCAUCCCACAGCCUCCAUCAGCCCCUGAACGUCUCCCACCCCAGCACUGAGGGCAGCUGCGGGGCAGAAUCCAUCCGCUCUUUUCCUACAGCCCCAUUGGCACCAGUGGAUGGGAAAAUCGCAGACUGCAGGCUGCUGUGGGAUUACAUCUACCAGCUCCUGUCCGACAGCCGCUACGAGCCCUACAUCAAGUGGGAGGACAAAGAGGCCAAGCUCUUCCGCAUCGUAAGCCCCCAUGGACUCGCCCAUCUCUGGGGGAACCACAAGAACCGCAUGAACAUGACCUACGAGAAGAUGUCCCGAGCGCUCAGACAUUACUACAAGCUUAACAUCAUCAAAAGGGAACCGGGGCAGAAGCUGCUGUUCAGAUUUCUGAAGACACCCGAGGAGAUCAUCCAGGAGAAAUCCAGCAGGCUGGAGCAGCUGGAGAACGAGGAGCACGAGGAGCUCAGGGAAGAGCUGCUGGAGGUUUCAGUGCAGGACACCACGGAAGGCUGUGUGUGCAGUGCUGUGCAGGGGGACUUGUGCUCUGCUGGGAAGUGCCAGCACCUCCUGCUCCCUGCACAGAAGGCAGCAGAGGGGGUCCUGGAUUCCAAAAGUUGCCUUGAGCCAAAGCUGUGAUGCCUUGAAGUUGUUGGUAAAGGCUGCUUGGUUGUUACAGUGAGAUGUGCACACAUACAGGGUCACGAGUGCGCUGAUGUUGCCUUGACCUGAUGUAGGACUCACCCUGCAGAUGUGCUGUGCACUGUGAUCUGUCUCCUGUGGAGCUGUGAUUAAGGGUGGGAAUGUGCUGAAGAGAUGGUCUGAAUCCUGGCCGGAGCUUCAGGCUGUGUUGAUGUGUCCUACUGGGUCUUGUUUUAACUCCUUUUAAUCACGCCUUGUGUAACCAUAUGGCUAAAUGAUGUGACAUGAAACAG